CAUUAUGUUGCUGCUGUACUGCGCAGUGUGACAGCAGUCCUGUGCUCAAAUGCUUAGUCACUUGCACCCUUCCAGACCGAGACGCUUGCGCGGACGAACGGCUGAGACGAGGGGCCCCUUAUUCUGCUGUUAGGUACAGAGAGAAAGGAAGCUCCGCCCUUCUGAAAUAGCACAUACACAGGCACCCUGCACGACGCCAUGGUUUCAUGGAUCAUCUCUAGAUUGGUCGUAAUAUUUUGAGGGCUGUCUGGAAUAGCUGGCAUACAGGACUGAAAACAGAUGGAUUCUUCUAAUUCUGUUGAUUUCCCACUAAACAUCAGUUGCUAUGGUUGAGAGGAAGAAAUCCAGGCUUAUUUUUGGCACACUUUACCCUGCCUACUCCUCCUACAAAGCUGUCAAAUCGAAGGACAUUAAGGACUAUGUCAAAUGGAUGAUGUACUGGAUUAUAUUUGCACUUUUCACAACAGCGGAAACCAUCACAGAUAUCUUUCUUUCCUGGAUUCCGUUUUAUUAUGAACUCAAAAUUGCCUUUGUGGUGUGGCUGCUCUCCCCCUACACAAAGGGAUCCAGUGUUCUCUAUAGGAAGUUUGUACAUCCAACACUGACCUCGAAAGAAAAGGAAAUAGAUGACUAUCUCUGCCAAGCAAAAGACAAGAGCUACGAUGCCCUGGUGCACUUUGGGAGAAAAGGCUUGAAUGUGGCGGCUACAGCUGCAGUAACAGCAGCUGCAAAGGUAUCUCAACUUCCUGAGAUAAUCAAGUAUGGGGACUUUAAAGAAGUGAAGGGGCAGGGGGCGCUGUCAGAGAGGCUGAGGAGCUUCAGCAUGCAGGACCUGUCAACAAUUCAGAGAGACGAGGCCGGACCUGUCCCCGGGCCAGUACCGUCAAAGACACCCACCGCACAACCCAGGUCCAGAACCAUUGCCAGGAGCAAAUCAGAAAACACCUCAGCUUGCAUACACUGCAACUGCAGUCUCUGCUCAGGUGAUGAUGUUGACAUCACAGAGUAUGAAGUGUUGAGCAAAGAGCAGUGUGAUGCAAAGGAACUUCUACUGCAAUCUAAAAAUAACGAUGAUGCAAUAGCAAUUAAGCCUGAACCCCGACUGCCCAAGAGAAGGGCUCCAGAGCCUCCCCCUAGAGUCCUGAAGCCUCGCUCCAGAUCAAAGAGUACCUCGUCUUCAAACAGUGAGAACAUGUGACUGUGAGGGGGUCUGGGGACGCUGCCAAUAAAAUCCACACCCAGACUGCUUCACUGCCUUAAUGAGAGGAGAGAGAACAGCCAACAGGAACGAUUGACAACGGGCAGUUGCAGAGAACAUUGUAUAAUGGCAGUGUCCCGUUUUCUGUGUUUUAUCUGUUUGGCUGUAUGUUUGUGUGUAUUUUUUUUAUUUAUUUAUUUUUUUUAAGAUGCCAUUUUUCCCCAAUGGAAAGAAUGAUAGUCUGGUGAAAAAUCAUGCAUGCCUGUUUAAUGUUGUCUAUUCUAUCCAAGCGCAAACACACACCUCCAUUAUAGAAACACGCGUAGCUUGAACAUUUGUGUAUUAUCAAUUAGAAAAGUGAUAGUGAGGAAACAGUGUCUGGAGACUGGUAGGUUCUAAAUGGAACUGGCUGUCGAGGUGGCUUUAUAUAGCCUUUGUUUGUGCUUGUGGAGAAAGCAACCUCUCUAGAAAGGAAAAAGGUGUAUUUGUAUGCAAAGUGGAAUGAUGUUGGGAUUUUUAGAAUAGCAGAAUACAUGGCUCGCUUGAGAGAUGCAAACAGUGUAGCCACUGAGUAAUGCUUUCCAACCCCUGAAAAUAUUAAAAGCUUUUUAUUUUAAAUAAAGAAAUGCAGUUGAUGGUUGUUUAGUUAGGUAUAAGCUAAGGACUUUAAGCUGUCUAUUUGCGCUGCAUUUCAUAAAUGUCAGCAUUCAUCUGUAUGGGAUGGUGGUGGCACCAAAAUCCACUCAUAAGAGCAAAGUUUCAUUUGUGAUAAAAGGGUUGAAACCUUAAAAUAUAAUACAGGCAGUAACGUUGUAUAUGGCAGUGUGAUAGCAUCUCUUAUUUGUCUGUGGAAUACAUGAAAUACAAGUAACGCAUCUCUCAUAAAAAUUAGACUUGUCUAUAAUUUUAUUAGGACUUGUUUUAUGACAGUUGCUAGGCUCCCUUUCUAUUGAGAGUGUAAAUCUCUUGUUAAGAUUUUUAGAUUGAAAGUAUAUGACACAAAGCUGCUCCAUCCCGGCUUGCUUAUGAGAGUUCAGUUAUUAUUGAAAUGAACACUUGCCACACACACACAGUGGAGAUUUCAUAUCCUCUUUCAGGGCAGACAGGAAUGGAGCUUGUGUUGAGACCCAAAUCCCCAAAUGAAGGUAUAAUUAAUAUUACUCUUUGGAAGUUGUUUCCUGCAUGGCCCAUGUUUGUUCCCUUGGUAUAAUAUCACACAGUUGCUAGUUAUUAGAGCAUAAGCAAAGUUUAGCCUUAGUCUUUAUCAUAGAAUCGUUGUAUAUUGAGCAAGCUGUUUAGAUGAUGAAGUGUCUGUUGGUCUUAUUAGUCACUGAAAAUCUGAAUGACGAUCAAAAACAUACCAGUAUGUCAGUAUAUCUGCAUACUGAAAGAACAGUAUUGGAAAUAGAAAUUGUAGGAUGCCAACAAUUCAGUCACCAACAGGAUCUGUCAGUUUAUUGAUUCACAGCUGAUACUGUCCUCUUUCCAGAAUAUUACAUAUACAAUUCCAAAUUCCAGCUGAUCCAAACAGUGGCAGAUUGUUUAAUCAUUCAACUAUUACCAAGCCUGGCAUUUUACUUGUUUAAAAUAAGUAAAUACACUUAAGAGACUCUAACAGAGACCAUCAUAGAUCCAUUGAAUAGACCCACCUAUUAGGUGUUAGCGAAUAAUGUAAAAAACAAUAAAUAACAUUUUCAUAUACAGUAGUAAUGCAGGAAAUAUUAUCACAAGGAAAACAAAAUCAUUUGGAUUUUGUUUUUAUUGGUAGUUUACAGAUCAGUUAACCUUGAUAAGCUACAACAUAUUUGGUUUUAGUAUUACUGUGGUUUGGAGUUGUGGCAUGGCAGCAGGGUGGUCUUUGCAAUAACAAACCUCUGUGAAUAAAAAUCACUUUGAAAUAUCAGCCUUAUAACCCAGGAUCCUUAUAUUUCCAGUGCAGUGUGUUUACAUGGUAUGUACUGCGUGAAAGAAAAUUGGAUCGGAGAGAAAGAGACAACUGGCUCUACAGUAGCGUCCUUUAAUAGGGGAAAAUUUAGCAGUUGUAUUCAAGCUCAAAUUCCCAAACCAGGCUUGGUGCUCUUCAUUCUGUUAGUAAAAGACACCUUGGGUAUCUAGCUACCCUUGUCAUUUUACAAGUGAUUCUCUUUUCUAUGUUGUUUCUUAAUCCUUGUCUGUGUCUUUGUGCUGGUUUAGAUUUUCAUCUUUUAAAGCUUUUCUCCUGAGCUGAGCUGGCUGAGCUCUUUAAAAAAGCCCCAAGUCCCCCCCCCCCCCCCCCCAAGCUAUACUUAUAGUGACUUUAAAGACAAACCAAACAACUAAAGAAAAUUUGACUUAAGUUGUGCUAAAACUGGCAAUGCUGCCAGAAACAACUAUUCUUUUUCAUCACAGUUUCCGGUUGUGUUUUGACAAGUCACUAAUGGCUGGUUUCACAAACCUGGAUAAGCACUAAUCAUGGAUUACCUAAUGUUACCCUAUAAAAGGUGGUCCAAGGUUAUUGUUAAGUGGGGUCUGUGAAAUCAACUAUGAAAAUGUAUAGGAUAGCGUUACCAUAAUUCUAAUUUAGUCCCAGCACAAGUCGGUAGGCUUUCUUAUGUAUUUAACAUCGUGGAUAAACAGGCCUAAGAUGCAGCAAUGGUAACCCAUGACAUGCUGUUAUAUCUAUUUAGAAAUGAUUACAGAUAUCAAAAAAGAGAAGAUAAAUAGAAACGCCACUCCUAGAAAUCUGCAACACCUAGAAUCUCAAAGGUGGUCAUAAGCAACAAGCUGGGAAACAAACAAGGGACGAAAGGGUAAUCGUAAAUGACCUCUCCAGGCAUUGUGUCAUGAGCAGAUGGUGUUGAUGCGUGGGCCAACACAAUACCCUUUAAAGCCUCAACAGCACUUUUGAUAAGGGGAAGAUGUGUCUUUAAUUGGAAGAUAUUACUUAUUUAAAAUAAUAUAUAGAGAGAAAUGAGUGAGUGAGUUGCACACCUGUGAAACCUAGUUGGUGUAGUCUGUAGUGUUUUACUUUUGAUAUAAGUGUUGGGAUUGAAUUGCCUUAUUUCUGAAAUUAAAAUGAAAUACUGUGUUAGGUUGCUCACUGUGUAACUGAAAAAUGAUUUUUGGUGACUUGGUUGGCAAGUUUUCAAGCCAACCUUAACACACAAAAGUUGUUCACUGCUUGUGUUGUGAUGUAUAUAUUGAAUUAAAAUGUGUAUGGAGUA